AUGGCAACAAAUCAGCAGCCCACGAGUCGAAUCCCACUGCGCGUUGAUUCUAUACCAACAAACCAGUCCUCAACUCGGUCACUGAACAAUGGAAGACCAGCAACUCCCAAUCUCUCCAAGCCGCAGCAUUUGCGCCUGAGCCACAAAGUGUUGAGCACGAUCUACGAAUCUUCCCUUGACGAGAAGAAACAAAAAGAGCGAGAGGCAACCUGGAGCAUUCGCCCAGUCGACCAAAACGAAGAAGAAGAACAGCAGAGCCUGAGAUCACAGGCCUCCUCCCCCAACUCCGAACUCGACACUUCACUCGCAUCCACCAAGCCUACCACAGUCUCUGCCUCACAAAACUCAACUAGUCUCGAAGACCCCUGCCCAAUUGAUAGCUACAUGGAAGCAUACGCCAAGUACCGCCUGCUCAACCUGAAGACGCAGAAACGCAAUGCAGCAACCAAUCUUCACAUUGCCCUGGACAAGACACAAUUCCUCACAAAUCAACUUCACAACUCGAUGGUCCCAUUCCACCUCCUCAUCACCGUCUUGAACAAACUUAUCGGAUCAUCUCCCAUCCUCAAAGAUCUCCGCGAGCGAACCUCAGACCAACAAAUCACCGUGAGCAAGCAGACCGAAGAUUUCCGCCUCUCCCUCCGCGAUUUACUCAAAUCAAACCACUCACUCAUCGCCGAAUGCGAAAACCUCCUCAAGACAAGCGCCGACUCCAAUCUAGAGCUUUUCACUCAAGAGCGUCUGGCAGUGAACCGUCUCCUCGCCACCUUUUCCUCGAACCAAAACAUCAAAGCCCAAAGAGACGAUCAGUUGGAGCUUCAGCAGGAUGUCAUCGCAAAAUUCAACGAAUACGUUGGUGGCUUGAUCGAGGGUCUGGAAGUGCAGAAUAUCGGGCUUGAGAAGCUUGUUGGAGACAUCAACCGUGGCGUUCGUUGUUUGGAGGAGGAGAUUCACGCCUAUGUGCGGGACAAGAAGUCGCUGAGAGGUAUGGUGUGCAGGAUGUUCGACCGACGUUGA